UAGUGUCGUUUAGUUCCGUUGUUUUUAUAUAAACUUUCAUGUAUGAGUUCCCAAUCAUUAGGAAUUGUAUUGUUUUCGCGUCUUUACGGUUGUGAUAAUUCUCGGUUAAAGUGCUGAGCAUAAAAAGCGUUAAAGCACACUGAGCACAGCAGUCGUGACUGUGUGUCUAGCCUGCUUUGGUGCUCAGUGCUGUUACCCGUUAGUUGCUGGGUUGUUCUCUAAAUUCCGUUGCGAGACAAAACUGAGGACCGCAGCCAGGGAUGGAGCUGCAAGCGGUGGUGAUGGCAGCCGGCGGCGGCUCCCGUAUGAUGGACCUCACUUACAGCAUCCCUAAGCCUUUGCUGCCUAUUGGGAACAAACCCCUCAUCUGGUACCCACUCAGCCUGCUGGAGAGAGUGGGCUUUGAAGAGGUCAUCGUCAUCACAACGAAGGAGGCCCAGAAGGAGGUCCAGAAACUGCUGUUGACAGAGACCAAGCUGAAGCCAGACAUUGUGUGUGUGCAGGAGGAUGCAGACAUGGGGACUGCCGACGCCCUGCGGCACAUCCAACAGAAGAUUAAGACGGACGUGCUGGUGGUUAGCUGCGACCUCAUCACGGACGCUGCCCUGCACGAGGUAGUGGACCUUUUCCGAGUGCACAAUGCCACCCUCUCCAUGCUGAUGAGCAAAGCACACGAGUUCACUGAGACUGUCCCUGGUCAGAAGGGCAAGAAGAAAGCAGGGGAGCAGAGGGACUUUGUGGGUGUGGAUGAUUCAGGAAAAAGGCUUCUCUUCAUGGCCAAUGAGGCAGACCUGGACGAAGACCUUGUCAUCAGGAAAUCGAUCAUGCGCAGACAUCCCAGAAUGCACAUCAAAACUGGCCUUGUCGACGCCCACCUUUAUUGCCUGAAGAGAUCCGUGAUUGACUUCUUAGCAGAAAAUAAGUCCAUCUCCUCCAUCCGAGGUGAGUUGGUUCCUUGUUUGGUCCGCAAACAGUUCUCCAAAUUCAGCAGCCUGCAGAAGAACAAGGAGGAGCCCAAUCAGAACAUGAAGAAAAAGGACGCAAACACAAACUCUGAGAACCACAUUGCCUCAGCAGAUGAUGACCUUCUGGAACUUGCCCUGAAUCGCUCCUGCUGGAACGACCAUCGCGGGGACAUGUGCGGGGCCUACCAUGGUGGCAAGCUGCGCUGCUAUGUGCACAUCAUGGAGGAGGGCAUGUGUUACCGUGUGAACACACUAGCAGCCUACAUUGAGGCCAAUCGCCUGGCUAGUAAACUGUUCGAAGAGCCUGCAAUCCAUCCGUCAGCUGUCAUCUCUGAGCGAAGUGUGGUGGGUUCUGACAGCAUCAUCGGAACCUACUGUCAGAUUGCGGAAAAGGCAUCAGUCAAGCGCUCAACCAUCGGGGCAUCGACGACCAUCAAGGAGAAGGCUAAAAUAACCAACUCAAUCAUAAUGAACGGGGUCACCAUUGAAGAAGGGUGCAACAUCCAAGGCAGUGUGAUCUGCAGCCAUGCGACAAUCUGCCGUGGCGCUGAUAUCAAAUACUGCUUGGUGGGAAACAGCCAGCGUGUCGAGGCGGAAGCUGAAAGAACCAAUGAGGUCAUUGUUGGAACUGACCAGCUGAUGGAGAUCUAGAGACACGUAGAGACAGCUGACCAAUCCGGAAGUGACCAACGGUCGCAUGGAACUGGCCACCGUGGUCACAGCUCAUCAUCGGUCUCUUUUUUUAUAUUGUGUCCAAAAUAAAAAGAUUUAUUUAUCUCAGAUUUGUUUUUUUUUUUUUUCUUUCUUUCUUUGUAAAGUAAAUGUUGGCAUUGUUAAAAAUUCAUGAAUUUACAUUUGACUCUGAAGUCCCUUGGUUUGCUGGGAUCCGCUACCUCCCUGCACCCUCCUGCGUGACCACCACCCGUCACUCUAGGCAAGUUGCCUUUGCAGUGAGAAUCGGGUGGCCACAAUGGGGUUAAUUUUAUUUGUUCUUUAUGUACACAAAAAAACGAAGGGUUGGACCACCCAGCAAGAUCUUCACGAGGAACUCUCCCCUCCCUCUUUCACAGAAUGCUGGAAAGGCAUCGCUCCGGGUUUUUUUUUUUUUUUUUCCCCCGGUUGAAGAUUUAUGGCAUUCCUACACCAGCGCAACUCUUAAAUUACAGGUCUGAAGUUCCAUAGUCACGAAAGAGCCCAUCUUAGGAAGAUUCUCUACCCACAUAAUUGUUUGAUUUACAGUGCCUGCCGUACAUUGUUUUAAUGUCAAACCGGAGAACUCUAGUGUCAUUUUUCCCCUUUCUUUCUCUUUUGUUUUUGUCAUUAGUGACAUCUUGAAAUAAUUUGCCAACAUGCCUUUCUUCUUUCUUUUGCUUUCUUUUUUAAUCCACAGAAAUUUAAUCAAGUCCCUCAUUUUGGUUUAUUUAACCUCUUUGCUCUCUGUGGGAGUUAUUACUCCAGUCUUAGCUCUCAUAAAAUAAUAAUUAAAACUUAUCUUCAGAACAUGGCUUUCUCAAGAUGUUCAAGUGUAUGAUCUGAAAAGUAGUGUGCUUUUAUAGCUCAAGUAUGCAGGUGACAUAAGGGACAUGUCCUGUUCGUUUUGUUUGUGGAUUUCCAACAACUCUCUGUUUACAAAGAAUAUAUAAAUCA